UUCACUCAUCCCUCUCUUUUCAUACAGAACCCCCAAAUUAGCAGAAUAAACCACCACCUCCAUUGCCACCGUAGCUAGAAAACCAAAAUCCUAGUGGAAAAUAAAUGGCUGCAGCUGCAGGAGCAACCCUAGGAUCAUGCUUCUCUGCAACAACUACUACUGCUGUUACAUGUCGUGUGGGUUCAUCAAUAAAACAAUAUGCUCCAACCUCGGAUUUUGUUCUUCCUAGAAUUGCCUGCAUUGGUAAUGUGAGAACGCCGUCAGUGUUAUUACCGUCAGGAACAUCAUCUUCGUUAAUGCCUCACUCUCACUUGCUUCACGAAUCAUUUUGCAACAUCAGUAUGAAUUCUCCAUCUCAAAGAUUGGGCAGCACUUUUAAGAUAUCUGCCACCAUUGAGCAAGACGAAGUUUCAGAAGUUACUGAAACAUUGUCAUUAGCAGAUGAGACAGAAGAGAUUAAGGAUGGAAAAACAAAUGAGGAUAUUCAAGAAGAUGGAGCAGUUGAAGUGGCCGUUUCUAAUGGGGAUCAAGUGCCAGGAGAAGAAGAAACAAGUAGUAAUAGUGAUGAAGUUGUGUCAGCUACUAACACCAAGCUUUACUUCGGUAAUUUGCCUUAUAAUUGUGACAGUGCUCAACUUGCCGGCAUAAUUCAAGAUUAUGGAAGUCCUGAGAUGGUUGAGGUACUUUAUGAUAGAAAUUCGGGACGAAGUAGAGGGUUUGCUUUUGUUUCAAUGAGCAGCGUUCAAGAUUGCAAUGCUGUUAUUGAAAAUCUUGAUGGACGUGAAUUUGGUGGCAGAACUUUGAAGGUAAAUUUUUCUGACAAGCCUAAGCCCAAAGAACCAUUGUACCCGGAAACUGAUUACAAGUUAUUCGUCGGAAAUUUAAAUUGGUCCGUCACAUCUGAGAGUUUGAUCCAAGCAUUUCAAGAGUAUGGUGAUGUGGUUGGCGCUAGGGUACUGUAUGACGGGGAUACAGGAAGAUCUCGCGGUUAUGGAUUCGUAUGCUACUCAUCGAAACAAGAGAUGGACGCUGCUCUUGUAUCUCUUAAUGGCAUGGAACUGGAGGGACGAGCAUUGCGAGUUAGCUUAGCACAGGGGAGGCGCAACUAGAAGAAAAUCUCCAUCAAAAUUAUAACCAAAGUUAACAGAGAGGAUAAAGUUCUGGGCACUUUUGUUCAUAACCUGGGCAUCUAUGGCAUGGUGCUCUAUAGAGUCUAUUGCAUUUGGAAGAAUGAAUUUCUGGCACUUUAGCCAAGACUCCUUUUGGAUCCGGAUAACACUUCCACCUGCAGUACUCUAAAAUGUUCUCUAGAAUUUCAUUGUGCCAAAUCUUCUGGAAUACAGCCAUCCCGCUUCAUCUCCCACAUUUCAUAUUUUAUUUGUGUAUUAAUAUCAUGAAUAUAAUGACAUUGAAAGAAAGUAUUGUAGUAGAUCACAGAGCAAAUGAGACAUUCGCGCUCUGAUUGACAAUACAUUUGGUGACGAA